AAAAAGUUUUGAAAAAAUCUUUUACUUCAUAUCAGAAAUGUUAGAAGGACUUGUUGCUUGGUUUUUAAACACUUAUGUAGGUGAAUAUGUGGAAAAUCUUAAUACAGAUCAACUUUCAAUUGGUCUUCUUCAAGGAGAAGUAGAAUUAGAAAACUUGCCCUUGAAGAAAGAUGCAUUAAAAUAUUUAGGGCUUCCAAUUGAAAUUGUAGCAGGAUUUAUAGGAAAAAUUCGUCUUCAUAUUCCAAUCUACAGAUUGAGAAGUGAACCUUGGGUAAUAAACAUUGAAGGUCUUUAUCUGGUAGCUGGUAAAGUAUCAAAUAAUGAAUAUAAUGAAGAAAAGGAAGAACAAGCAGCCCAAACCAGAAAAUUAUCACGUUUAGAUGUUUUAGAAGCAAAAUGGAAGGCUGAGUUUGAAAGACAAGAUGAAUCAUCAUCAUAUUAUGCACAUUCUUAUUUAUCAUGGCUAUCAUACGGAACAUCAUUGAUGUCAAAUAUCAUAGAAAAUUUACAGUUAAAUAUAAAAGACAUUCACAUACGUUAUGAGGACAGUUUCUCUCAGGGUAAUACUUCAUUUGCUUGUGGAAUUGUUAUACAACAAUUAUCUGCUCAGAGUACUGAUGAGUAUUGGAUACCAAAGUUUGUCAUAAAAGAUAAAGUUAAUGUCAUGUGCAAAUUAUUAGAAAUUGGUGGACUUGGUAUUUAUUGGAACACUGAUGUAGAAUUAAUAGGACAUCUUCCAAUACAUGAAUUGACAUUAUUAAAG